CGUUCUUGAGUGUACUUGUGUUCUUAGACACGUUGAGAGAUAGUAUCUCUCUCGGUUGAUUCAAAGGAAGGUCUGUUUCCUUUGAAGGAUUCGUUGAGGUUCGUGUGACUCGAACUCUCAAGUUGUAACGGUUUGUUAAGCACCCGUAAGCUUAACGAGUUAGUAGUGUAGCUCGAGAGAGUCUCUCGGGAGGCUGGAUUAGCCACAAGUUGUGGUGAACCAGGGUAAAAUUCGGUGUGCCUCUUACUCUUCUCUUUACUUCUCUUUUAAUUUUUUAAUUCCUGCGAUUUCUCCGAUCAAACGCUAUUCACACCCCCCCCUCUAGCGUUGGUCUCUUAUUCUAACACCACGCUAUUGCCGUGAUUACUCUCUGACUCGUGAAGAGCAAAUCGAAGCAAACAGAGAUGCAAUCCAGGCAAGAGAACGAUUUCUCAAAACAGUCCAAGAAGAACGCCAAUUGCUCCAAACCCAGAAAGAUAACGAACAACGCGAAUAUUGGGAGCAUAUGCAAAAGAUGCUGGAGGACUUUAAUAAGGCUAUGGAACAACAAGAAGAGAUGGAUGAAAUUGUUGUUCUAGAAGAGGACGAAGAAUCUGAGACAGAAUCUGAAACUGAAUCCAACAAUGUCUCAAUUCUUGAAUAUCCACAAACUCCAUCACCAUUGUAUAUCGAAAAUAAGAUAACACUUGCAGAAAUGAUUGCACGAGGUACAGUGGUGAUGCUUCCUGAAAGCCCAAAAAGUCAAAUCGUACAAGAGGUGAAGCCUACUGAGGGUCUUGUCUCGGAAACGCUUUCACCCGUUGCACCAGAAACGUUGGAGGAACCUGUCCUCCUAACAUGUGUUGAAGACACUUCUCCAGAGGAACCUGUUCUGGAGAAAUUAGAACCAUCACCAACCCUUUUGAUCAUGAAGACUCAGGGGAAAGAAUUGUCCUAAUCAUCGAGCCACCAACAGAAAGUCAGCCCAUUGGGGACUUAGAAAGUCAUGU